AUGUCUGCCGCCAAAAAUGUAGCGUUCAGAGGGACGGAGUCAGCGCUGCUGCGGCCCUUCAAGGGCACUGUCUUCAUCAGCGAGUGGCUGACGCACUCUAUGAUCAAGCGGUAUUUGGCAGCUUUUGCGGAGCAGCAGUGGCCGGCCGUAGUCAAGUGGACAUUUGUUUUAGGUGUUGUUUCUCUGCGUAAUUCUGGCUUGGCACUUCAUUCGCUUUCUUUGGAAGAUCUCAUUGGCAUCGUCAAUGCAAACACGGACAUAUCACUGACCCCAGCCCACAAGCUGGCUCCUCUUCAAUUGCUGCAAGGCAGCAGGGGUCGCAGUGAGGCAGCAGCAGCCGCCGCUGCUGCGAGCCGCAGCAGGAGCAGUGGCGCAAAAGCCAGCAGUCUGUGGCGCAGAGGAGAUGACGGGACUGCAGCCAGCAGCAGCAGCAAUUAUCCACCAUGGUGGGGAGAUGGUGACGAGCCGCAAGAACAGCAGCAGAAACAGGAGGACCCACAGCAGCAUCAAGAGAUAGGGGCCACCUUGCGGCGCAUUUCCCUGCAGCAGGGGCAACAGCAGCUGCAGCAGCCGCAAGAGAGCUGCCUUCAGGAGCUGCAGGAGCAGCAGACUGACACAGAGGAAGCAGAGCGAAUGCUCCAGAUUGAAGCUCUGCAGCAGCAGCGGCGGCAGCUGGAGCAGCAAAGGGAGAAGCUGGAGCAACAAAUUCGUCAACAAGAGCAGCAGCUCUCAGAAACGCCGCAACAGCAUUCACAGCUGCAACCGCAGCAGCACCAACAAACACAGCAGCUGCAGCAGCAACAACAAAAACGGCAGCAAGUGCAGCAGCAGUCCCAACAGCGUGCUCCACUGAAUGAUGCAGAGGCAGAAGCUUUGGUGAGGCGUCGCCUGCAGCAACUGAAGCAGCAAGGCCCCGUGUCGCAACAGCAGCAGCAGCGGCUGCUGCGGCAGCGCAACCUGCAACAAGGGACCACAGCAGCAGCAAAAAGGGCCGUGUCUGGCUUCUUUGCUGAUCGGGAGGCAUCAGAGCAGGUAUUUCUGUCGUCACUGAGACCCGACAGUAACCCUGUCCCGUUCCCUGCCGCUGCUGCUGCCGCAGCUGCUGCUGCAAGGUCAUCAGCAGCUGCAGCGAGCAACAGAAGACACUUGCGUACCCUCGGAUCCUACCACGCCAACGCCAGCAUGAGACACCAGCAGAUCCCGGUUGCUGCCGUACCGGACAGCAGCAGCAACAAUCUGCUGCAGUCCCUUACGAGGACACAGGGGCUGCUGUUGCGGCAGCAGAUGAAGCAACAGGUAUUUCUGGAGAAGCAGCUGCUGAAACAACAGCAACAGCAACAGCAACAGCUGCAGCUGCAACGGAGGCAGCAACAACUUGAACAACAGCAGCAGCUCAUCGCGCUGCAGCAGCAACUGCAGCACCGGCAACAGCAACAGAGAAACAGUCAUGAUGGUGUGCACACCCAGCUGCAAAAGCAGCAGCAGAAGCACCAGCAAUUGCAUCAACAACAGCAGCAAGCAGAAAAGAUGCAGCAGCACCAGCUGCUAUUGCAGCAACAGUUUGAAGAGGCAUUGCUUCAAGAAGGGCCUGCAGAUGACAGCAGCAGCAGCAGCAGUAGCAGCAGCAGCAGUUCCACGCCCUCUGGCCUAACGGCUGCAAACCAGCUUGCCCCACCCACAGACGCAAGCAGCAGCAGCAGCAGCAGUAGCAGCAGUAGCAGCAGCAGCAGCAGCAGCAGCAGCUAUUCGGUGCUUCCCUUCAGCGAGCCGAGGCACGCGCAUUCAUUUACAGCUGGUCAGCAUCCACAUGUUGCCGCAGCAGCAACAGUAACAGCAGCGGCAGCAGCAGCGGGUGGUAGUUCCGUCUUUCCUACGCAAUCAAGCAUCUUAGUUAUCGAGACACCUGAGCGUGCCUAUACACCUGAGCAUGGUUAUACACCAGGCCGAGCAGCCUCAGCAGCAACUGCAUCUCCAGCAGCAGAAGCAGCUGCUGCUGCGGUGGCAUCCGCAGCAGAGGCUGCAGCAGCUGCAGCAGAAGCUGCGGCUUGCGACAUCGAAUUUGAAGGGGCUCUUUCUCCAAGAGCGUCUUUAUCUUCUAGCUCUUCAGACAGUCGCACAAGUGCCCUGGGCCAGAAGCGUCAGGAGCAGCAGCAGCUGCUGCAGCGGCAACACCAGCAACUGCAGCAGCAGCGUGUGUCUGCUGAGGAAUUGAUCAACCACUUUACUAUGGGCACGUCUGACGAGCAGCCGCUGCAGCAGCAGAUUGGUCAGCAGCUGCAGCAAGAUGCAGCAGCAGCUGCCGCUGCAGGGGAGAAACUGACGUCUGCAAUGCUGGACGGAAUGCUGAAGCAGUUUAGGGUGUCGGGCAGCAGGGACAGCAGCAACAGCAGCAGCAACUCACCAGUGCUGCCGCAGCAGACGAACGUUUCUGCAGUUACUAGCAGCACAGCGGAGGGGCUUCCGACACUCAGCAGCUCCCUCGUGCUGGCAGCAGAGCAGCAGGUGUUGUCAGCUGUCUCUGCUGCAGCAACGGCAGCCGCAGCAACGGCAGCAGCAGCAACUCCCACGCAGUCGACCUCCAGGCGGCACUUUUCUGGUGCUGCAGCGACAGCAACAGCGACAGCGGCAGCUGUAUUCGACAACAGCAGCAGCAGCAGCGCACUUGAGAGUGCCAGUGAAGUUAGCACCGCAGCUAUACUGGCAGGCAGCGAGAUGGAAAUACACCGCGCCCUCCUUCAGGAGCAUCAGCAACAACGACAGCAGCAGAGGGAAAGACAGCAGCCCCGAUCAUGCGCCUUUGAAAUUCCGUUGGAUUGA